AAGUCGAGUGUGUAAGUCGAGUGAGUGUGUAAGUCGAGUGUGUGUAAGUCGAGUGAGUGUGUGCGUUCUCGGGCAGCUGCCCGAGUGGUGUAACGGAUCGCAAAUUGGACAUUCCAGAGGCCCGCCGGUUCGAUUCCAGCUUCCACCGUGGGAGUUGAAAUAACGCGCGGGUUCCUUAAAUCCCCCCCCCUCCAUGCACCACCGCGGUACAGAUGGGUUCACCGCAGCUGAUCGAUCCACAUGUGGUGGAGGCGGCGGCGGCAUGGAAGAGUAGACCAAAUACACUCCAGAGCUCGCUCUCGUGGAGCCUCUUCCAGCCGCCGUGGUGCGAUCAAGUAAUUGCAGGGCCGCACCUUCCGGUUUGUGGGGGCGGCAGAGGGGGAUGAGCGACCUCUCACCUCUCCCAUUGCUCAUGGGGGGGAGCAGGUUGUGAUAAAAUGUCACCGCACUGUGCAUAACGCGGUGACUCGCGUAUUAUGGCGGUGGACCUUGCACCUGCGGAAAACACUUAAGCCGGCGUGGGCUUGCGGCUGGGUGCAGAUGAUGCGUGCAAGACGCUCUGGUGCAGCUGACUGAUAAGAUGACAAAAUACAGCAGCGUUGCGGGCUCCGCGUGCGUGGUGUGUACACCAGAAGGUGUGUACACACCUUCUGGCGCGCACGAGCGAGCUUGCCUGCGGGGCGUCAGUGCCCGGAUGGGUGCCUCUUGUCACAGUCGGGAGCACAGUUGGUGCAUCUGCCAGCCAUCUCAGUCAUUCACGUGGCCUCAAAGUGCACCGAGCGUGGCACAAGCGCCGUGAUGACGUCACCGCCACUUAGUGGUGAACAGCAGUCGUUUUAUAUUUACGUGCGUGAAAUGUGAAUCCCCUAGGUCAACUCAGCCUCAAAUUAGUACUUGGUGCGGUGUGUGAACAUUGCCACUCGGGAGACAAAGGCGGCCGGGCGUUGUGUUUUCCACCCACCCCUUUGUGUGCCAUGCCGGCCUUCAUAGGUGCUGCUCGCAAACAGCACUUGCCCCGACAGUCUGUCGAGGCUAUACGGGGGACCUUUGUCUUUGUGUGCGUGCCUCUGAGCGCCUACUGUCUGGUUUCCCAGACUCGUCUGGCGGCGCUGUCCUCACAGCGCCGUGGCUGUGUAAGCGCCACGGAGCCACUUUACCCGGUCUGCCCCGCACUAAACUCCGGAUGUCGAAGAUGUAAAAAAACGCCACAGAAAAGGAAGACAGAAAAAACAUGGGAGUUUUACAAAGCCCCACAUGUGUUAUUUGAGAAAACGUUAAAUUAGUGUAACUGCCACACACGUCCAAGCGCUGAUUUCAUGUGCGUGGAUUUUGUAAACCGAAAUGUUUAUUCAAAUUUUUUUACUCCACUCUUUAUGAGGAAUUGAGUUUCACUGUCCUUAACAGGGCCCUACACGUGCUAAUUCUGGGCAGAGCGGAUGCGGAAUUUCAGUAAUUCACGGCAGACUGGUUACUGGCUGCUGACUGCUGAGUGAGAUGCGUGUUUGGGGAUGGAGAUGACAGUAGCUGCUCUCUCGAGGACCUGGCGUGCAAUGUGGCGUCCACUGCUGUUUUUUUUUAUCUUGCCAGAAAGAAAACGGUGGGUUUCCACAUCACCUACCAAAAGCCAGCGCGGGGCCAGGGGAAAAGGGACACGAGAGCCAUACACAUACCGCCGACCCGAUAACUAACUCGCCUGGUAUGCAGGACGUUGUGAGUUAAUCCCGACCCUGACGUCUUUAUAUUUGGAGUUUGUAUGUUCUCCCCGUGGUUGUGCAGAUUUUUCUCCGAGUCCUCCGGUUUAUCACUCCACGUUUAGAAACGUGCGUUUAGAGUAUUUGGCCGCUAUCAAUUUCCAUAUGGUGACAAACUACUUUGUUGAGCUAUCAUUUGUGGCCAGUUCGCUUCUGAAAAAAGAGCUAAAUAUCUUAGUGGGCAUUAUCCGGUAAAAGAUAUUUUUUUGUUAUUGUUUAUAACCGCUGUAAUGCGCCCGUGCCAAACGACCAAGUUGUCAAAGCGGCUGCGACUCACCACAGAGCCCCCUUAAUACAGUGAAAUUGUCUUUGUCAUUCCAGUUCUUUUUUUUUGGCUGCCCUAGACCUGUAACUUGUAAAAAGAGCCGAGUGGCCCGUGCGAUGUCGCCUACGUGAACACGGCGAACACGGCUACACGGCAGUUGCCCCUUGAGCCCUGGUCACACUGGCGGGGGCUGUCUCCAUCGGCUUGGACACGUGGCCACACCCGGGCGCCCCACAAAAAUUCAUCAUAAAUUAUAAAAGCCCGAUAACGCACGAUAAACCUCAAAAACAAUGCGUUAUCGGUUGUAGGUCCUUAAAAAAUUGAUAAAAAACCCAACAAAGUGCAGAUUAAACGUGUUUUUAAUAUGAGCCCUUAUCGGAGCUUUUGGGCCCGCGUUAGUCACUGCGGGUUGCGAUAGUGUCUGUCUGUGGUGGUCCACGUGCACUCACAGCCACGGCCAUGCCUCUCUUCUGAUCAAAACAAAACAAAAAGCAAAAUUAACUUGGCAAGCUCACAACAACAACAUUAAUACAUCACUUAAUAUAUUACAAAAACUACUAAACUAGGCCUUCGCGUAGUACAUUGUCCAUUAAGCGAGGGUACAAUUUGCUUGUUUUGAUGCUAUAAUCGGUAAGAACAAAAUCUUUCUGCAUUGUGUAAUUGAUAAAUGCGCAUUUUUGUUGUAAAGGGUUUUCUUGUCAAGUAAAAUUCAACACGAAAAACCAUACACAAACUGGAAUAGAAAAUUAGUUAUUGCGGUUUCGUAGAAGGAAAUUAACGGAAUUGUUUUCAUAUCUGGCCACUGCACACGCUCUGGCGUUGUGACGACGUCCUACCUACGUUGGAGCCGUGUGCCCUACACACAGCUCAGGGAGAAGACGACAUUUCCACACCCUGCGCGAUCCAGUGGGUGCUCUUUUGUUAACGGGUAUCAGUGGCCCUGGUCGCGGUAUUGUACCGCGCAAGAGAAAAUUUUGGGCAUACACAAGUAAUUAGUGUGACCUUACGGCAGUAAACACACACACACACACGCUCCGUUUUAAACACAAAUCCUCAUCAACCAAUUCCAUCCCACACUUUCUGUAAUGUAUGAGAAUAUUCUUCUGUACAAAUGAUUCCUAAUGAAGAAAUUCGUUCACAUUUGUCUCUUUGCAUCGCUGCUGUCUACAGUGAAAUGGUUGAAAAUGUGGUGACUUUCUGAGUUGGUGGCCUAAAACCAGGCUAUAGGUGAUGGCAUGUGACAUGUCAGGCACAAUGAAAGAACCCAUUCUUCGAUCACAAUCCCACCAUUGUUGUCUAGAAAACAUGUUCGUGGCAAAUUUAAAUCGAUAAUGGCGACGUAAAUAUUGAGAAUAUUAAGCAUAAGCUGAAUGGGAAUUGUGUCCGCCGGUGUGCGUUGGGAAACCCUUCAUGGCUUUCGCAGCGCUGUGAGCCACCAGCGAAUUGUCUCGUGUGAAAUGUCUCCAGAGUGUAACCACCGUCCCCAGCUCAUUCUCUGAGGCGCAGCGCCUUCGCAACGCGUCUGCCGAAGGGGCCAACGGAGCAGAGGCUCGCAAGAAGAUUGGCUUCCCCAGCUUGUUUCCUCGAAGUCUUGAGUUGUUGCAGCAUAGGCCGGCAGUUUUAGUGGACGGGUGAAGUGUGGUGUGAGAGCGGCUUGCGCUGCCGUUGAAGUGCGUUUUGUUUUAUUGUCGUACACACUGUUGAACUUUGAACCCCCGGAGGCUUUCCUGAGAUAGAGUUCAUGUCUUCCUGACAAACGGCAGUCGGGUGUCUUUUUUCGUGCUCGCGUUCCAACGGAAGUGACUCGGGACCGCGUGGGGAUCGUGGCUCUACGAGCACAAAGUGACAAGUUGUUGAUGACAACCAAGCCAUUAAGCGCGUUCUCUUUCUUGCUGCCUUCAUCGAGGUGUUUGCGACGGGCCUUCGUGAUUGCGCGGUGAGACGGCGGGGACUUGCUCAUGGGACCGCGAUGCCACUCCAAAAAUCGGCGGAGGUUUUAGAGUUUUUUUCCAAUGGACUCCGGGGUUGCUCCCAAACUGUGUGUAGUUGGAGUGCGGGUUUUUGCAGUUUUGCGCAAACGAUAUUUAAAUAUUAGGUGUACGCUAACAGGGUGAACAAAGCUGUUGAACAAGACAACAAACUGAUGAGCAAUACAAACAUGCCGGUAAAAACAGGAUUUAAAAAAUAACAAACCCUUGAAUAAAAUCCCUCCCCCCAAAUCGUGGCGAAUUAUCGGAUUUCUGAGGGUGUCGAUCUUCAUGCGCCUUGGGAGACUCUCACGAGUAGAGUUAGAGCGUCUAUCGCGUCCACAAGUUGGUGAAUUCCUCAUCACAGAGACCGAGGUGGGCGCCGAGGAUGGGCCACUGACCCUGGGCCACUGACCCUGGGCCACUGACCCUGGGCGUGAGGGACGCGCCUGCUGGACCGUGACCGCACCCAGCCGCCGAUUUUCCUGCUCACGUUGAAACAGAGAUACUGCGUCCGUUUUGUGUCGAUGCUGCCAUAUUUGUGCGUGUCUGGGGUGGCAGUAGCUGCGGCUGGGUAGCCCUCGUUUAGUGGCUCCCCUGAGAGAAUGGUGGGCCCGCAGACACAAGGGCAAGGGUUCACAUGCAGGUCAGCAAUUUGGGAGGGGUAUACGUCGGGUUGGAAAUGUGUGGCGCCUGCACAUUGGUUAAACUCGGCUUAGGGAAUGAUGGUGAGAGUUGAUGAGUGGCAGGUUCCGGUUUCACAGAUAAUUGUUGGGAUUUUUGUGACCGUGAGUUUGUUGCUUGAGUGCGGCUUUGUUUUUCACUUUUACAUUUUCUUAUCAUUGAUUUUUUUUUAUUCCCCCGCCCAAGGCAAUUAUUUUCCAGUGCUCAGGAAUGACGUGGACACUGUUUGCAUUUGCUCUUUGAGAGUUUGGAGUUAUUUGUGAUUUAAUUAAAAAUAAAACAUAAAUCCGAGGCAGCAUGUCCAACAUCCCUUCAGGGCAAGGGUGGUCACCGCCCGGGUCGGAGUCGGCACAAGUUCUCUUAAGGGGGGGGCGGUCCCCACCGUGGUCAUGUGGAAUGUACACCAGCGGCUCGGGACAGCCAGUCGAGUUAAACCAUACCAAAGCUGGAUAGGUCACGGAAAGGCUUUGAUUUUGAGUGACAAUCAAUGUGUAAUUGAAGCCUCCUUGCCGCAUAGACACUCGUGGUCCAACUGAAAGCAAAGCCUUCAUGAAUAGCCCGGCUGACUUGCCAGAUAAUGUUCCCUGCCCACCCCCAGCAGCAGGGUCACUGAGAGGGCAGCGCUAUGACAGUUGACCUUUGACCCCGCGUGGCCUAUAGGAGCCAGGCAAAUGCUGCCGUAGGACCACCAGUAGAUGAUUAAGUAACCCAAAGAGCUGGAGUGGUAAUGUACAAAUACAACUCAGAGUUGUUCGUGAAGUGAUAACACCACUGCGAUGGGGGGGGGGGGAAUCCUUGAAGAGAUUUUGACCCCAUUUAAGUUUCAGAACUGUGCGGGCCCCUCCUUCAGAUUCCACACCGCAACACUGUGGCCUUGUGAUCCAUCCGAGUUCCUCAACAGGGGUCGUGAGUGUCUUGUGUAGCGUGACGACGGGUGCCCUCGCGUUUCCCGUUUGCGCCCAGCUGUUUUACUCUUCGGUCCCUGUGUAACGCAAGUUUGUUUUAACUUCCUUUUUCGUGAUACACCACUUAUUGCACUUACAUUUUUGUUGGGGCCACAUCGUCAUAAGGACAUUUGCCUAAUGCUCGUGUGGGAGAUCAGUUCCCAUCACGCGUGCGGCGGAAAAGCAUUUAGCAAGUCGCCACAGACCCCCACAGGCCAAGCUGUUGUGAAGAGAUAUUUGGUACCAAUACUGUAAAUUGUUUUUUUAAAUUUAUAAUUUUGCCACACGCAAAUUUGCGUAGCCUCAACCCCACACCCACGUCGCUGACAACACCGUCCAUCCUCCCUCGUAUCCGUCGCCUCUCAGCCUUUGCCUCCACCACCUAUCCUGUAAAUCGCUUCGAUUGACGCCAUUUCAAUAUUCGCCAUCGCACUUUUCAGAAACGCAUCCCCGAUAUAAAUUGGGGUAUUACUGUAGAUCGAUGCUACACUUUGCCUAUGACCUUAUCACCCGAUGCACGUCAUUAGAUUUCGCAAGCCAAGCAAACCUGAGCCCGGUUUAGCGCUGUGAUGGGCGACCAACUUGAAGAAGAUGCUAAUUGUUUGGAAGUGGCCAGUCAAUGCGUGACACAAGCAUGUUGACGUCUUACCACAAAGAGUUACACAUUCUGAGCCAUUUCCCCGUGACCCUUUAUUGAACUCGCAAACUUCUGACUUUGAACUCGCUCUAACUCGCUCUAACCAACUCACAGGGAGAGAAAGCUGAAACUUUCUUAACGAAAUUUUUUUACAGUUGGUGGUGUCCGUGGCAAAAUCGCACGCAUCAAACAUACCCACUUCUUUUUUUAAAUCUUGGGCAGACUGCUGUACGCGUUAUACAGGUUGCGUAGAUAUCCACCCGUGCUCUAUGGGUGGCCUGCAGUUGCUGCGAAUAUGACCUCGUUAGUCGGCAGCUACUACGCGAAGCCUGCCCCCCACACACACACAGCCCCAGAGUGGGAGGCCAACUGGACGAGGGAGGGCAUUCUACACGAGCCCCAUAAAAGCCGGAACCGCCGUUUGUGCCGGAGCCCAAAAAACACUCGGCGGUGGUCCCCCGCCCGCGGCCGAGUUGCCUUCGUAAAACGAGCACCAUUGACUCUACACCCUACGUUGCGCUCAAAGGCAGAGGCGGGACAAUAGAUGUGGGAUUUUUACCAGCGCUGCAAACUUCGAGAGAGCCGCCGCCGCAGCAGCAGCAGAACACGGCCAGAUUAGUGAAGUGGAAACAAAGAGGGGGUGGGAGGGGAGAACGAACACGAAAAACUGGAGCGAUAACAAAAGGUGACAUGUGCGCCAACUGAAAAAACACAGAGAGGCUACAGCAGGGCUCCAUCCAGAAACUACUCCCAUUGCUGGGCAUCAAGGGAAGCGUGGGGAGCGGAGGGGGAGAGCAGGGGAGAGGGCGCCUGCGAGGAGGAGGAGGAGGCGGUGGGGCCGUGGGAUCACAGGGCAGCUGUAGAAACAGGUCGCGUGUUGUUGUGGCCGCGCGUAGGGCGCGUGCUGGUUACACAGAGGCCUGGCGGACCGCCGGUGCCGCGGUGCGGUGUGGGGACAGGCCGUCGUGCGGCGCGAGAUGCCCCGAUUACACCAGCGUGGGACGCCUUUCAGAGAUCCCCUUUCGCGUGCUCAAGGACGCCGUGUUGGCCGUACCGUGUUGUCACGUGUACGGUGCUCAUGACGGACGGUCCGAGCGUUCUGAGGAUGGUAUUGUAAAAGAUAGCCACGCCGACUUAUUUUGAGGUUCGUGUAAAGUAUAUUUUCACGGAAUAUACUUUGAUUGAAUGAAUUCUUCGGCAUCGUUUCGGACAUGAUGUGCGGCUAAAAGUAGUCGCAUUUGCUGCAGGUUUCUUCGUCAAAAACACUCAGCCCCUGGGGCACUUGGCUCACAACUUGAACGCCGCUAGCGACGGCGUGGCCGAGACGACGUUUUUACCCUCCUGCUCUCACCUCAUCUGCACAUCCUCAAGUGCACGCCAAGAGUGCCACCAAUGAGGUUGUUUGGCUGCCCCAGGUUGUGUUAUACUAGGCCUGCAUCAAUGAUACUAGGCCUGCAUCAAUUAACCUUUAUUUUACAAUGUUUGCAUGAAUUGACGCUAUCCGCGGCGUUAAUUUGAUUCGGUAAUAUUUUUUUAUUCUUCUGAAUGAAUGACAUGCGACGAAAAUCGCAAGUUCUCGGACACACCGUUCGACGCAUCUAUCGCACGCGUGAGAAUUUAGUUUGUUCGAUGAAUGGGUGCAUUGUCGAAGCACAAAGGUGUACUUGCGUGUGCCGUACACACACCGGUGAGCAUGUUCGACGCUGCUUGGGCACAAUAGCACAGGUGCACAGUGUCUCUUGAAAUGAGAUUUGUGUCCAAGCUUUCAGAUUCACCACAGACAUUCUAAAUAAAACUCCCCCGCUCAAGUUAUAUCACACACGCAGUACACAAAGAGCGCCUCGUAGACGUUAAAUAUUUGUUUUCCAUGAAGAUAUCUGAAACGCGUAAUGUGGAUUGUUUUCUUUACUCCUGCUGUAGCGAUUAAUCAAAAUUCCAGCGGUGCCGUGACGUUCCAUUUGCUGGUAAACACAUUGCACACGAACGGGGGGAGGGCAGUCUAUUUUGGUGACAAUUUAGAGGUCGUGACAGCUGGCAAUGUGAGCACUUGAUUAUCGCUAUAAACACAUGGCUGGAAGCAGAGCUACUGACAAGCGAAGUCAUCCUGAGGCUGCUCUGCGGUUGGCAAACUAAAAGCCAAAAAACCAAAUCGAAGACAGCGGCUGAUCGAAGACAGCAGGUGAAACAGGCUGCCCUCUCACUUCUGCUCGGGCCGCUGCUCUCGUUCGCUUCCUGUGCGGGUCACAGACGGAGCGGCGCUCGGCAUAUUUCCGGACGGUGUCCGUGAGUGACAGUCGAGACUGCCGGACUCCGAGCCCCCCCGCUUGCUCCAGGGCAGCCCGUUGAGAGUCGCGAGGGGCCAUCGGGCCCGCGCCAAGUCUGGACGCCCACAAAUCAGUGUGGACGCACUGUGGUCGUGGCCUCAAAUAGCCCCACCAUACCUUUGCCAAUUAUCAUUCCUCGGCAGCGUGACUGCCUGGCUGCCUGGGCGCCCUGCGCGCUCGCAUGCCGGAUUCGACGGCGGGGUGUGCGUGCUGCGAUUAAAGCGGAGCGAACAAAAAACGAUGCUGGCUCCAGCGAAGUUUUUUUUUGGUUUUUCUAUCAAGCUGCACUCUUGAACCGCCCGGGAGCUGCGUGUGGCUCGCGAGCGGCCGGUUUUGCCACCCCUGGUUUACGCCGCCGUGCUUAAUGAAACAAACGUCUUCCUUGAGUAAGAGGCUGCUGAUCUCAGUGGGCUUUUACCUGGUUUUAAAGGUAAUCUAGAUACCUGUUCGUAUGUCUGCAGUUGAGGAAUAGCGUUAGUUCCAUGCCCAACUGGUUAUUUAACCCUUGAUGGAGCACUUCUCCUGUUGCUGCGCUGAAAUGUUGAAUGUCUGUUUUUUUCGUCGUCACUUUUCCCAUCGGUGUGUUUGUGUUUGAGCUGCGCUUCCUGAAGCACACACGGGUUGUGCUGAGGUUGCAGUCCCGAACUAUGUAGAGGCACCGAUGUGCAUUGCAUAAUUCCAACACUGCUCAAACAUUCAGCUGCAUCUUUCUUUUACCCUUCGGUCACCGGCGGUUGGCCCACGUGACUGCUACCGCCGCAGCGAUGCGUCCUACUGCACUUGGGAAGUGAGUGGGAAAGCCGGCAAGUGUGCCACUUUCUCCUUUUCAGUAGCAUUUUUCUCCCACGUGGAAACACUUCUCAGCUGGCUGGGAGCGAGAUGCAUGUUUAGCGGCCCACACAUCGGUGCUUUGUACUGCAUCUGUUAUGGGCUGCAUGCUCUGCCCGCUGGACGUCUGACCGAUAAAAUCUCGGUCCAUAAAAUUCAUGCCACGAUCUUCUUGUAACGACCAAAAUCUCAGUAUUGCUUUGAAAAUGUGUCUGAUCUUUAAAAAAAAAUCUUGAUUUUAAAAUGAUAUUUUCGUGACACAAUAGUAGAGUUCUGGUAGCCCCAAGGAAUAAUGCUUCGGCUGUGCGUGCCGCCACACAUGCACACGUAACAGACUCGAGAGGCAGGAGCUGGGGUGUUGUAUUUGUUUGUAUCCUUUAUCCAACCUCGAGAGGAACUAAACCAACGGAGACGCAGCGUGACCCCCUUUUGCAAGGGUGGCCUGGGCUGACUGAGGUCCCCGCAGCGUUGGAGCGUAAGUACCGUAAUGGAGAUGACUUGAGCAUAAUGUGAGCUAUCGGUGAUGGUCACUGGCUCGUGAGUUACAAUGCUCAUGGGGGAUUUACUUAGCCCAUCAUGCCACCGGGGUUGCUAAAACGAGUACCCCUUUGUGAGAAAUUCAACAGCUGUUGUCCUAAGGAGUCUCGACCACCGAUUCAGGAGACGAUUGAGUCGGAAAUCACGAAGUCUUUUUUGACUCUGCACGUACGUUACUCUGGGUCUUAUACUGUUGAGUUCAGUGAAAGCAUCAAAGCUUCUAAAAUUCGAGGAAAUACCUCCCCUGCCACUGAGAAUGGCAGUCUUGUUUUUGUCAGUUGUAGUCGUUCCCUUUUCUGAGGCAUGGCCUCUGUGUGAUUGUGCUCGCGCGAGCGUGGUGCAGCGAUUCGACUUCCGCUCGCGGCCACCUCCGAUUAGCACGGUUGGCUAUGUACGGUGCGAAAUGAGUUCAGCGUACUUAUGUACGUAGCAGGGAAAGUGGGAAGCUGCACUUCUGAGCGCGUGGAUAGGAACAAUCGCUCGAAAGAAUCUCAGAAGCAGUUCUAUGAAAUCUCCUUCUGCGGACCAUUCUCAACCACUUUGUGAUGUGAGAGUUACAUCUCCAGACUUGAUUCCGACACCACAAUCACAGUGAAAUAGCAAAGUAGAAAGUAAACAAAAAUGUUAUGGACGCCCUUGGAAACAAGAUGUUCCAUCGCAAGAGAUUAUCCAAGUUAAAUAUUUUGCUUAAUGAAUAAUAAUGAAAAUGACAAUCUCAAAAAAAUGCAUCACAAAAACAUACCAACACAAAUGUAACAUUGUCAUCGUUUAAUUCCGUCUACAUUAAGGGGACUCAAAAACCAACGGAGAGAAGUGCAGGCAGAGCCAGAGUGCCUAUCCCUUUCUGGCUGGGAGCUCUCAAGAUGGAAGUGGGCAGCGUGGAGACUGCCGGCGGACGUGGCUGGCCGGGGUCGUCACGGCACGCUCCACGUGGUCACCGUGCACCGGGGGCGAGCAGCAAGGCGCGUGUCCGCUCUGGAGAAAUGUAAUCUCGCGUUAAACAACCCGGCGGCCAAAAUAAGAGCGCUUUUUUUCUUUUCUUACGGAGCUCUUUUGCUCAAUGUGUACAGUGCGGUGCAUUGAUUUCAGAUGCUUUCCAACGUGGCUCCGGCUGCUGAAACCCGGGCGCAUUUCUGUGCCCGUGCGUUCGUUGUGCGUAUGCCCGCAUUUAGCGUGCGUGUUGAGAGAGCGGUCGCGUAGCUGUGCUACAAACCCGGCAACCUGAGUUCGAUUUCUGCUCACGGCCACCAACACCAGUGACGGCUAUCUGAACUGGUCCUGGGCCUCCCCUUGGUCGUCUCAGCCUCAAAUUAGUAUCUGGUGUGUAAACAUGCCCACUGGGGAGACAAAGGCGGCCAGGAGCAGUGCUGGACACCCACCCCCACGUGUUCUUUGCCGGCCGACAUAGGUGCACUUGCCCCAAAAGUCUACACGGGGGAUCUUUAUUUUUGUUGAGAGACGUGGCAGAAGUUGCUUGAAUAACACAGCAGCGCUCGUCUCCAUGAGCAGUCCUAAACUAACGGUGGAGACUCCACAUCCCCGGUGCAGGGACCAGUCUACCUAUAGAAUGACCACUGAUAACUUCGCACAAAUUGGCCCUCAUUUUAUAUGAGAAGGAGGAAUGAUGGGAAGAGUCCGCGUUCAACGGGCAUUUGAACGCUUGGCACCGAUUGCGAGUCGGUUGCUCUGCUGGCAUUGCCACCUUUGACCAGAUUAGUCAGUGUCUAAAUGUAACUGCUUAUGAGUUUAGCGCUGUAGAAAUUCAAGGAAGAAAUAACCGUGUUGCCAUCGUGUGGUUAUGCCGCUUUGCUAAGGCUCUGUGGCCUUGAUUGGUGGUUUCGAUGGGGUCGUUGUCGGGGCUGUAUCUGGCUCCAGAAAUUUAAUCUGGUGCUGCUACCGCAGUGUGUCACACCACGUGGCAUAAACAGAAAUUAAUCGCUCAUCUCAGGAUUUCACUUUCUUUCGAUGAUGCGUUCCAUUGCAUUAAUUUGUAAGUUUUGUGUUUGUAUCUUUUUCAAAUUAGUUGAACAGAAUAGUUUAUUUUAUGCAUGUAUUUGUUAUUGUGGCAGUGAAGUAAAACAACACAUUAUGUUCCCAAAGCAACUUCACUUUACUGCGUGGGGCAUUGGACACUCCAUGUUCCCCAAGAAGUGGUCCCAUAAAAGGGAAGACACAACAGCCUCGGCUUUAAAAUUAGCACGCACACACAGGAUAUUUUCUGACACCGUGGCUAAAGAGUAUAAAUGUCCAUCUCAGGGGCGUGUUGGGGGCUGCCAGGUCGCGCUCAGAGUUAGUGACUCUGGGCCAAGGUGGCCCAUCAAUAACGUCCCUUUAAAGCGUGGGAAGCGCCGCGAUGGUCGCGUUGACUCGACAGCAGCAGUGUCUGCAGCUGCUGCUGCUGCGCUCCGUGCGAGGAGGCGCGAGCCCCAGAGCGAGCCGGUCCUCGGGGCCGGGCUGGGAGAUUCGUGCCGCCCACGGAGGAGACACGUGGAAGUCGCGUUUGUCACGCGCGUCGCUGACAUCCUGGUUCAAAUCUGGGCAGCCGCAUUAUUGUGAUUCAAACCGGGCUCUUGAGUUUAGCGAUUUGAUGGCUUGAGCCUGCUCUUCAGUAGCUGGUUUUCACUUUGUUCAGCGUGCUGGCUUUUUUUUUUUAAACCACAGUUGUCGUCCGGUAGCCCACAGCCCAAAGUGUCAUAAUAACACGUCGCCAAAAACAGAGAGGGCGAAGUUAAUUGUUCGUGAAAUACAUGCGUGAUAGAAUGUUUAUUUCUUCACGAGCCAUUUAAAGAAACGUAUUAAAUUAUUGUAAUUUUUAAUAGUGUGAUGGGCUCAUUUAACAUGGGAAAACUAGCUUAAGUAACAAAAUACAGACUUUGCCCUUCAAUCCACAUCUUGCACGUUGCAUUUUUCAAGUCUAUCUUGGGCCUGCGUGGGAGCACCACGUUGACUGCAUGACAAUAAACGUUGCUCCCAACGUGAGGUCUGCUCAAAGAAUUCACCGAGUGAAAGGUCUUUAAGGCCUUUAAGGGAGAACUGCGGCGCCAAUAAAAUAAAAACGGAGAUGGAGAAAUGUCUCCACAGGAAAGGGGCCUGCCUUGAGCGGAGCAGCUGUGUAUGGGACCGAGAGGUGCGGCUUAAUUGGGCCCUCUGAUCAGGGCUUAUGAAAAUCUGCGGAAGCACCAACUUCCUUUGUGAAGUUCAUUUUAAUUUCAAGAGCAAGAAGCAUUUCUCCUUCUGCAAAUUCAUGCACGUGUUUUUGAACGUUUUCCUUGUUAUGUUUUUUUUGGCGCAAACUUACCUCAACCAAGAUGGGAAAUUAAAGACAUUCGCUUGCACAAAAGGUCGGCAUGGAUGAUUGUGAAGGCCCGGUACAAAGCAGCGAUCCCAUCUUGGGCUGCUCCCUGACCCCAGCUGACCCUGGCUCUCAACGCAAGCCUCUUGUCUGGUUUAUAGUGGCUGCUAAGGCCCUGUAAAAAAACCUGGGUUGGAAUCUCGCUUCACCGCGCACUCAGGCUGCCCAUUGGCACGCAUCGAUCAUUUCAAAACACUGCCCACGUGUCCCGCAUGACUUAAAAUGAUCAUGUGACUCGACGAUGCAAACAUUAGCAAUUGCAACAUUGAAUUACAUAACACGAACGCAGGAAGUUGGACACUUUGUGCUCUUUGUGUACCAGAAAACACAUUUUAUGGGUUAACAGCACAGCACUCGGCUCGGAUGUCAGAGCGCUUAUUCAGCGCCGCGGAGGUCCUGGGUUCCACUCUGGGUGGCCACGAGUGUCGCCACCUGUCCAGGAUUUACCCGGACGUCCUCUUUUCGUGGUAGCUGUCCCGGGGAAUCUGUCAGUUGUCUUCCCCGGGACGCCGAUUGGCAUCGGCAGCCACGAGAGCCGGGCUUGGUGCGAGCACUACAGCCCCGCGCUUUAUUUUUGUUGUCGUUUGAGUAAUUUCGCAGCACUCAAGAUGACGCGUUCGCAUGAAGUUCUCCCGCCUGCUGCUACCGUGAGAUAUGUGACGGGUGCUUUGUCACCUCGGUGAUGGUAACCCUGAGUGGUCAACCGUGUUUGAGCCGCGUUCUCACGUGGAGUGAGUCGGUGGUCUGGGCCUGUUCACGCUUGGGCGUGUUAGCCUGAGCAGCGCAAAGAAGCUGCUUUGCCUCGAGCACAACAUUUGAGUGUCUACACUGUGUAUACUGUGCGCACGCCACUUGUUGUGGUCGUGUUUACGCACGCAACACGUGGUCUAAAUGUUUUGCGAAGGGAUAAAAAAAUAUGCGUGUGCAGAUUUAGAUAUAUAUAAUGUUUGUGUUUAGUAUUCAUUUAUACGUUGUGCUUUUCAUGUUUUAUUUAACCUCUCCAAACAUUUACAGUUGCGGUGUAGUUACGCUAGUUCUUCCCAUGAUGCAUAACUGCAGGCACUGAACUGUGUGUGGAAGAAGCGGUGUUUUCAAUCCAUAUUCCUUUUGUGCCCGUUAGGCGUGCAUAACAAUUGAUAAUUGACAAUUUUUGCAUUGGACAGACUUACGAUUUUGGCUGAUGGAACGAACAAUGAUGUACGAACGGGACAAAAAUAUGGAAAAAAAAUGUCAUAAAAGGACAAAUGAGACGGCAUUAAAACAUUUAUUCUCAGAUGACGACUCGUGACCCAAAGUCACCUUCCUUCGUCAAUCGGCCUUGCCGCAACGCCGUCCCUCGUUUCGUUCCCGCAGGGGAGUGGCGGAGGGCGGAGGGGAGGGUCCUCGUGCGGGGGGCGAGGGGGGCCGCGACACCCCCCGCGCACUGCCUAAGAUGGAGGACCGCCCGGAGGAGCGCCUCAUCCGCGAGAAGCUGAAGGCCACGUGCAUGCCGGCCUGGAAGCACGAGUGGCUCGAGCGCCAGAACCGCAAAGGUCCCAUGGUCGUGAAGCCGCUGCCCCUCAAGCUGGACGUGGGCGAGGACGAGCGGGCCCUGCCGGAGGCCGCGGGCGAGACGGCGCGCACGUCGCCCCGCGCGGCCGCGCGGAGGCCCCGCAGCCCCUCCCAGCUGGGGGGCGGCGCGGGGGCCCCCGGGGACACGUCGCCACCGGGGACCCUGCCCAGGAUCUCGGCACAGAAGCCCGGCUCCCCGGGCGAGCGGAGACGCAGGGCCUCCCCCACGCUGGGCGGCCGCGUGACCCCGCCGCGCCGCGCGCCGUCACCCGACGGCUGCUCGCCUUACAGCCCCGAGGAGACGCAGCGGCGCGUGAGCAAGGUGAUGCGCGCACGCCUCUACCUGCUGCAGCAGAUCGGUCCCAACUCAUUCCUCAUCGGGGGAGACUCGCCCGACAACAAGUUCCGCGUCUUCAUCGGACCCCAGACGUGCAGCUGUGGGCGCGGCACGUUCUGCAUCCACGUCAUGUUCGUCAUGCUGCGCGUCUUCCAGAACGAGCCCAGCGACCCCAUGCUGUGGAGGAAAACCCUCAAGAACUUCGAGGUGGAGAGUCUCUUCCAAAAAUACCACACAAAGAGGAGCUCACGCAUCAAGGCUCCGUCGCGCAGCACCAUCACCAAGUUCGUGUCGCGCCUCUCCAACUCGCACCUCCCGGCCGCACAGAGCACCGCCUCCAGCCACCCAGAGCAGAGUGGCAAGGAUGAGGAGGAGCAGGUGUGCCCCAUUUGCCUGCUCGGCAUGCUGGACGAGGAGAGCCUCACCGUGUGCGAGGACGGCUGCCGCAACAAGCUGCACCACCACUGCAUGUCCAUCUGGGCCGAGGAGUGCCGCAGAAACCGCGAGGCGCUCAUCUGCCCGCUGUGCCGAGCCAAGUGGAAGAGCAACGAGUUUCCCUGUUUCGAGGCCCCGCAGGCGGCGACGGCGCUGGCGGCGACGGAGGCGGCCGCCCCCGCCUCUUCCUCCUCCUCCUCCUCGCCGGCGCCCGUGGCGCAGGCCGAGACGUCGAGGCGGCCGCUGCCCGACGGCGACGCGACGCAGCUCAACUUCCGCGUGCAGCCCAUCCCCGUCGCGUACCGCGAGCUCGCACAGCCCUGGAUCCAGGUGUUUGGCAUGGAGCUGGUGAGCUGCCUGUUCUCGCGCAACUGGAAUGUGCGCGAGAUGGCGCUGCGGCGACUGUGGCACGACGUGAGCGGCGCGCUGCUCCUGGCCAACGGGGAGGUGCGCACGGGCGGCGCCGCCACGGCACCACCGGCUGUGGGGGCGGCCGCGGCCGCGGGGGGCCACGCGGACCGGCCCGGGGCCCAGGGGCCGGCGCCGGCGGCGACCGCGGCGGCCGGCCCGGUGGGCGGCGGAGCCGGCGGGGAGAUGUGCGGAGAGACGGUGGUGCGGUGCUGCUGCAGCGUCCUGGCGCUGGUGUGCGCCGACCCCGUGUACAAGGUGUACGUCGCCGCGCUGAAGACGCUGCGGGCCAUGCUGGUGUACACGCCGUGCCACAGCGAGGUGGAGCGCGCACUGCUGCAGCAGCUGCUGCGGCCCGUGGUGGAGACCAUCCUCGUCAAGUGUGCCGACGCGCACAGCCGCAUGAGCCAGCUGUCCGUGUCGACGCUGCUGGAGCUGUGCAAGGGGCAGAGCGGCGAGCUGGCCGUGGGGAGAGAGAUCCUCAACUCCGGCUCCCUGGGCAUCGGCGGCGUGGACUACGCACUCAGCUGCAUCCUGGACUCCCCGCCCGACGCCUCCAACUGGCAGGGCACGCUAGGCCGCCUGUGCCUCAUCGAGCGCAUGCUGCUCGAGUUCCCCGCCGAGUUCUUCCCGCACAUCCUGCUGGAGCGUGCCGCGCCCAGCGGCCCCGCCGCUGCCACUGCCGGGGGCUCGUCUGGGACGAGCGGCAACGCCGACGGCAUCCAGGGGGACAGGUACGAGAAGCUGUUCUCCCUGCUGGCGUUCGCGCUGCGCUCGGCGCCGCACUCGCACGCCGUCGUGGGGAAGCUGUCGCGCCGCGUCUUCCUGAGCGCCGCGCGCAUGGUGGCUCCCGCGGGCCACGUCUUCCUGCGCAUGGCGGCCAUGUUGGAGGGCCCCGGCGCGGCCCACCACGCACGCCUGCGCCGCCGGCUGCUGGCAGUCGCCGUCGAGAUGGAAGUGCUCGAGGCGCUGGAGGCGCUGGGGGGCCCCGACUUCCCGGGGCCUGGGGGGGUGGCCUCGGCUCCCGCCGCGGCGUCAGGCGGUGGAGACGUCUCGCACCCAAGGAUGAGCGGCGAAGAGUUCGGCAGACUCGCCUUGGCACAGCCAAGCACCAUCUUGAGGCAAACGUCGCUCCCAGAACAGACGCUGCAGCAGCAGCAGCAGCAGCAAAAGGAGUCUCCCAAGGCCCGCUCGCGCCCACUCGCGCAGUAUUUCCCGGUAUCGCCGCUCGCAAAGGCACAGCUGGUUUCCCCUUCACACACGGCCAACGCUUUUGUCCCGUCCAGCACCGCGGGGACCUCGACCGCCGCUCAGCCCGCGCCGGGGCCUCCCGCAGUGCCGAUCCCAGGGCCCGGCCUGCCUCCCGUCACGAGGCCCUCGUCGCUGGCGCUGCCGUUGGCCGACUUCGCCUCGCCGUCUGCGUCGUCGCCGACCGCGCAGACCCCGGGCUCGGGGGUCGGCGAGCGACCCGGGACCAAGGCCCCGGCGCGAGCGGCGACCCCGCAGGCCGCUCCCGGGCCGCAGGCGUGCCGCGACACGCGGGACCUCGGCUUCGUCCCCGAGGACAGCAAGGAGCGAGAGCCGGAACUGGAACGGGAGCCGCCCCUGUUCACGCAGACGCGCCUGGCCUCCAACAACCAGGUGCACCGGCCCAAAGCGUCGCGGCCCGGGCAGCCCGUGAGCUCGCCGCUUGGCAGCCCGGCCCGCGGGCCCGGGGAUGUCGCCGAGGCGGCGCACGUGCGGCCGGGUCAGCCGGAGAGGAAGUCGGCCGACUUCGAGCGCGUGCACGUGAAGCUAGACCUGCCGCAGCGCAAAUCCACCGACCUGGACCUGAGGCAGGGCAGGCUGGAGCCGCUGUCGCACAGAGACACGGAGGCCCCCUUCGCCUCCCUCGCCGCCGCGGCCGCCGCGCCCCCCGCCCCCGAGGGGGCCGCGGGGGCCUCGAGCCAGGGCUUCGCCGAGCUGCUGGGGAAGUUGGAGAGACGGCCUCGGGAGUCGGGCGCCGCCACCGGCGGGGUCCCCAAGCCGAGCUCCUCCGACUUCUUGGAGAGGAAGCGCGGCUUGAAGUCGCUGAACAAUGGAGCCCCCGCGGAGUCGGGGAAGACGGCGGUGGGAGGACAGAGCCGGCCCCCGUUGCCGGGCCCAGAGGCGGAGGGUGAGCGUGGUGACGAGGCCGCGGGGCGGCGCCGUGGGGAGGGGGCCCCCGACCCCCCCGAGGGAGGAGACGGCGCUGAGUCGCGCGGCAGGGCGGACGACGCGAGGACGGGCGGCGCCGGCGCGGCGCCGGCACCGGGGGAUUCCGCUCGGCCCGGCACCGACGCUGGAGGCCGGGAGCCCGCGGUGGGCCCAGUCCGCCCUCCCAUGAGCCUGGACCUUAAGCCGUGCGUGCAUCCGGCAUGCGACGGCGCCGCGGCCGUGGCGGCGCAGGACAAGGGGGCGGCCACGCCCAUGGAGGACCGCUACCGGCGCCUCGAGGCCUCGGCCGACCUCAACUCGAGCACCGAGGACCUGCUGGAGACGCCGAGCGCGGCGGGGCCCGCGGGAGGCCGCCCCGGGGAUCCCGCCGUCACCUUCGUCUCCGAGGUGGCCGUGAAGACGCCCGAGAGGCCCGGCGGAGGCGGCGGCGGCGGCGGCGGCGGCGGCGGAGGGGGGGGAGGCGGGGGAGGAGGGGGCGGCGGCGGUGGGCUGGACCCGUCGUACCGCGAGGACGUGCAGCGCAACCUGCACUGCAAGGAGAAGAUGGAGGCGGAAGAGGAGGAGGCGCUGCUGCUCGCCAUGGCCGUGUCGGCCUCGCAGGAUGCGCUGCCCACCAUCCCGCAGCUCGCCCUGCAGCCGGAAGACGACGUCAUCCUGCUGCAGUCCAACACGUCUGACGUGGGCCUGGAGCACACGCGUGCGCGCCAGCCGUACCAGGAGGGGGCGGAGUGGCUGAGGGGCCAGCAAAUUGGGCUCGGCGCUUUCUCCUCCUGCUUCCAGGCGCAGGACAUCGGCACCGGCACGCUCAUGGCCGUCAAGCAGGUGACGUACGUGAGGAACACGGCAUCGGAGCAGGACGAGGUAGUGCAGACGCUGCGCGAGGAAAUCCGCAUGAUGAGUCGCCUCGACCACCCCAACAUCAUCCGCAUGCUGGGCGCCACCUGCGAGAAGAGCAACUACAACCUCUUCAUCGAGUGGAUGGCCGGAGGCUCCGUCGCAAACCUCCUCAACAAGUACGGGCCCUUCCACGAGCGCGUGGUCAUCAGCUACGUGGAGCAGCUCCUGCGCGGCCUCGCCUACCUGCACUCCAACCAGCUGAUCCACCGCGACAUCAAGGGAGCCAACUUGCUCGUGGACAGCAUGGGCCAGAGGCUGCGAAUCGCCGACUUUGGCGCGGCCGCUCGCCUCGCAUCCAAGGGCACAGGCGCCGGCGAAUUCCAGGGGCAGCUGCUGGGCACCAUCGCCUUCAUGGCCCCCGAGGUGCUCCGAGGCCUGCAGUACGGACGGAGCUGCGACAUCUGGAGCGUCGGGUGCGUCAUAAUCGAGAUGUCGUGCGCCAAGCCGCCGUGGAAUGCAGAAAAACACUCCAACCACCUCGCCCUCAUCUUUAAGAUUGCGAGCACCACGACGGCCCCGACCGUGCCGCCCACGCUGUGCCCGGGCCUGCGGGACGUGGCGCUGCGCUGCCUGGAGCUGCAGCCCUCCGACCGGCCGGUGGCGCGCGACCUCCUCAAGCACCCCGUGUUCCGCGCCUGGUAGCGGGGCGGGAAGAGGGGCUGGGGGGGCGGCCAACAGCCGGCCGCAACAGCAGGUGGCAUGCGGAUUCAGUGGCACGGCCACACAGAGCUACGAUCACUCCAUGGUACAGCCACUCGGUGGGACAGCUACCCGCUUGUGCAGACACCCACUGGUACAGCCACCCACUGGUACAGCUCACCAGUUGAUGAGGCGCCCUGUGGUUCAGUUAUCUGGCGGUUUAGCUACGCAGUUGUGAAGUUUCUCAGUGGUACAAUGAGCCGGCUUGGCAUGCAGCGCACGCAAUAACUAGGCGGGUGACUAUCAAAUAACCCCGUGGACUGACUCGUCAAGCAGUCGGUAGAGCAAGGGAGACAACCAGAGAACCAAAGAGCACGCCAAGCAAGCAGCUGUCGUAUCAUCUCACCAGCCUGUCAGCCACCAAGCAGCAAAGCCACUUGGCAAGCUGGAGAGAUCGCCAACGAGCCGCCAGCUCGACGGCCAAACAGCACUGCGGUCAACCGGCGAGCGGUCGGUCGCAUCCUACGCGGUGCACGCUCGCCCACGGCGCGGGUUCCUCGGGCCUCUUGAUCUUGGCUGGAGCGUGAUUGUGCAGAGCUGGCGGCGGUGGCCUCUCGGCACCGCGAGCGGGGUGCACUGCUCGCCUUCGCUGCUGCACGGUCGCCUGCAUGCGGUGGGCCACCGUCUGUAGAUCACGGUGCCGUCCAAUGAAAAGAUCUUCCACGACGAGGUGGCGUGGGGUGGUAUUUAAGCAAUGCUCACGUUGGUUACUUUAUUUCGGCAGUGUCAGUCUCUCUCCAUAGGCAGCGACGUCUCGUCUUGUCUCUAUGCACGUGCUGUCGCCAGCGCCCGUACGGUCGGGUUGGGGGCGGUGUUGGGAAGCUGCGGCGAGCGGGCCGGUUGGGUUGGUGCUCUGUCCGGAUUGUUUGUUCCCCUCCAGGCGAUUGGGCUCGCCUGGUCCCAGACGUCUGCUGCCACAGCCCUGCGUGCGCUGGCAACGUGGCCGCCCCGGCGGAGCGAGAACAGUACUGACGGUCCACAACUGGCAGUUGCCACGUUCAGUUUUUUUUUAUUUGAGACUCCUUUUAAGUCUUUCCUGUGACUGUAAAUAGAAAAUAAAGACCCCUUGGCAGCUGUUAACAUUUUAAUUUAAACUGAUGGGGUUUUUUUACGAAAGUAUUUUAGUUAUUAUUUGCUCGGUUCAGGAUAUGCACGUCCGUAGCUAUUUGGAGUCUAGAACUUGCGAAGAGGUAAUAACUACUGUUUGACAAAUCGGGGGAUCUUGCGGUGUUUGUGGCUCAUUCUGCAGUCAGGGACGGUCCCUUGGUCGAUCUUCUGCAACUCUUCUGACACUUUGCUCCUUGGCUCCUUCCUGUCACAAAUCCGUUUUCUUUCUCUUAGACUAACCAGGUUGUUUUAAAACAAAAAAAGGGAUGUAAAUGUAAUUUAUUCUUUGGGUUUUCAUUACUUGAAUAGUGGGUACACUUUAAUUGGGGUUUUUGUUGUUUAGGGUACAGCAUAUUCUGUACUGAGCGUCGUAGAUACUCCGUGCCUGCGCUGUGCGCUGCCUCCUCCGCACGCACCCUUUAUUAUAUGUUGAUGUUUUUUGUGUUGUUGGGGAUUCAUUGGAAGUUAUUGUGCGGAGGAGUUUCCGGGCAGCUGCCCAGCCGCCCGCCCGCCCGCCCGCCCACACGGCGAUGCUAAACAAGCAGAGCGGCGCAGCGCCCUUCCGGAAGCUCUCGCCGUGGAUGAGAAACAGCAAACCGGCAAAAAGGGCCCCACAAACACAGAACGGCUGCUCCGUGGCAAGCCGCCCAAAUAUUUUAGCAUUUCACCAACAACAACAACAACCUUAUAUUUAGUUUGAGCACACUUUUGAAAAGGCUCUCCGGUGACUAGAUCAGUUGACUGGACAUGUAAAUGUGGAACGUUGCUAUGCGGCCCACUUUUAAAAUGAAACUCAAUCCGUUGAUUCCAUCGCCAUCGUCGUGAUGUCUGCCGUUGUUACAACUGCCUCAAGUACUUAUCUGCAAAACGUCUCGCCCAGCAGAGGAUACCACCAAGCUGAAUACAGAGGCAUUUGGUUUCUGAAUGCAAUCAGGGAUAGAGGUGGUAAACUGGUAGCUGAAGGACAUUGAAUUAGAUGCAGUGGUUUUUAAUAAUGCGCCAAACUUUGCCUUCAGCAGUGGCACAAGCAUUCAUGAUAAUUAUUCCUUGUUACCCUUGUAACAGAGGAGCACCUGGAGUAGUUGAGCUGAUAUCGGCUUCCCCCGGCGAUAUCUCUCGCCCUUGAGAUUCGUUUCAAAAGGAAUCCAUGCCAAUGAUCACGAUGCUAACUUAAUUAUAUUUCAAAUUUGUUGUUAUAUUUUUGAAAUCGGUUUCUAUUUGUUUUAUUUUAGUUAAUAUCUUUGAUGUAAACAAAAUCAGUUCAUAGCGCCAAACUAAGCAUGCACAAAGCUCAGUUUCAUUGUAAGAUUCAUAAUUUUUUUCUUGCCGAGUUCUUGUAACUUUUCAUUUUGAAUUAUUGAAAUUGUUCAUCGAGUCAAUUCGCGUCAUUUUCAAUCAACACUGCCACGUUGCGCCCAGCUGACCUUGAACGCUGCAGCGACGCUCCCCUGGGUUGAACGCGCACGAUUCCCUCCUCCAUUGCCAGCCCUGCAUUGCUGCUGCGCUCGCUCGCUCGAGCCGCGGUGAUGGCGCUUGGCGUGCGCUCCUGCUGUGGGGCGCGUCGCCUCUCGCCAGCGCUCGCGGGCGCUGGCGCGGUGACCGCCCUGCCGCACGCUCCGAACCUGCCGCUGCCGAUGCCGUCCUGCGUCUGUGCUCGUUGCAGGGUGGCCCUGACCCGAUGUGCCCGCGCUUUAGAAGUGCGUGAUGCAUCGAUAAAGAUCCGACGCCCAGCGAGGUUGCAGGAUGGUGUGUCACGCUAAAAGUUUGAGAAGGCCCCUCUGCUCUUUGUGAUAUUUUCUAGGAAUGGAAUACAAGCCUAAGCCUUUCAGCCUAAUGUUGUAGCAGAUGCGUCAGUUUCCUUAUGGAGUUCGAUCGAGGACAUAAGUCUGCAUUACUUUUUGAUGAACGAUGUUGUUGCGUGGCUGUGGGUGCCGGUGUAUGCCGAGGGCCCCUCUCCAUCAUGGUCUCGGUCCGUGACUCCAUUACCUUCUCAGGGUCUGGUUCGCUAAUUAAUCUCCGUGCCCCAUACUACCCCAGGUUAAGGUCUUACCAUUUCCUCCUGACAGCAAAGCAGAGGUUUUGCACCGGUUUACAACAAACAUCUGUGGGUGUUAAGUGCAGCUGCCAGAUUUACAAAGUAAAAAAAGCGUUAACUCUCUACUCUGCAAAAGCACCACUACUCGCGUCUGAUAUGUUCACUGUCCUGAGUCUCUCUGACGUGUGUUCUCGCUGUGCCGCGUGUUGUUGGGCGUGAUGAGUUUCGCGUCUGAGAGCUACACAGCACAACCGCGAAAACCAAUGUCCUCAACUUAACAAGAGGAAAUCCCAGCGAGGUUAUCUGUAGCCAGGGGGAACCUGAUUAGCAAUAGAUGAGAAGUGACACUGUGAUUAAUGUUGGGAUUUCGAUGAAGACACCAGCCUACGAUGACCCACGUUGUUUAACGAUGCCACGGACUCGUCGAUGUCCAUCGUGCGCUCGAGUAAUCUCCCGCAGGCGUCGCCGGGCACCGCACGGAGUCGGUCCGUAGGCCCCGUAGGCCCCGUAGGCCCCGUACACUUCGACUGUCUGGCGAGGGUGAUAACCAGCGGGCCUCGGUUGCCAACGCGGGCUCCUGUUGGUCAGCAGUGUGACAAGGGAGGAGAGCAGUGAGAGAGAGACGAGCACUUAAACCUCGCAGUUUGCUACCGUGUCUUGCACAAUCUAUUUGGCCCCCACUAUCCCAACAUGGGUAUAGCAUUAAGAUGUAUUUUUUUUAAGGAUUUCAACGUUUUUUUAUUUCAUGUUAUUGUUGUUGGUUAACUUUUCUGCACUUAAAAAUCGUUAUAAUUUAACGCACAUGUAUUUUGAGGUGUAAACCCACCAAUGUUGUACCCCUAGUUUCUGAAAGGACAUGUUUGGAUGCUGGUUGACGUAACUUCACUAUUAACAAACAGCUAUAACAAACAUUCUCAUUUCAAUGAAUAAUUUGUAUAAUGGUGGAUUUGUUUAAUGUUAGGCAUGACCAUUUCAGACGUUUUACGUAAAUUCUGUUUAACCUUUACAAGAAAUGGUCAUUUCAGAUAUUGGAAAUUCACACCUGUGUACCAAAGAUGAAUGUACAUAUUCAGCUUCUCAUUUACAUGGCAGAGUUUUGUCCGUGCGCUAAUUGAAGCGAGCUCAUAGUCAAUGAACAUAUCUUUCCACAAUAGAGGUUUUUUGGGUUAGAUCGCAUAAAUAUAUAAAAGUGUCGUUAAGCCCGCCACCACCCGACACGGCCAAUUAGUAAGGUUUGUCACGUAAACAGAACGUGCCAAUUCGUUAUUAGUACAGCACUAACCGGUGUUUACGUGAUAAACCUCACUGAUUGUCGUGUGGUGGUGGGUUUAACGACACAUUUAUAUAUUUACACGAGCUAACCCCAAAACAACAACUCUAUUUUGGACAUUGGUUGUGAAAACCUACGUGUUAAACGAACAUAUCUUUGUCAGAAAUAUUUCAGUAAGAUCUGACAAGUAUAUUUACCAACAUGUAUUAGGUUUCAUCUUACACCCAUUGCAUUUUAUUAGAAAAUGUAUUCAACUUAAAAAUAAAUUUCAGGGACUUUAACAAUGAUUUCGCAACAUUGGUGUUAAUACCGUUUAAAUAUUUGCUAACUUGCUUUUAUCAUUUUCAACUGGUUAUUUUCAUUUUAUUUCAUCGUAAGGGAAAAUACUACUGUUUUGCCUAUUAAGACAAUUGUUACCUUUUUAACGAAGCUUAAUGUUUUAAGCUUAAGCUUUCGACUUGUUUAUGUUGGACGUUGAAUAAUUUAUAAAGCGUGUGCUACUAUGCAGUUGGAGACACUGGAAUCACACGUCGUCGUCGUUGUUGUUGUUCGGCUAACCACUAUUGGAACUUCUCCGUGUUCCUCCAGACCACGGUGGGCACACAACCCACAUCACUCCUCGCAGCACACUGAGCCAUUCGAAAAAGCGACAAACAGCCACGCACCGCGCCGUGCCCGUGCGCUGCCGUGAUCACGAUGGGGUUUUGUUUGUUUUUCACCCCGUACCCCCCCACCCCGCAUCGGUCUUUUGAAUCCUCGUCUGUAAACGGAACUCGACUUACCCUGUGGGGCCGUGCUUGUGGGCAACGGAGAGCUCGGCACGAGGUACAGCUCCCGGUGGCCUGCCCUGAGACACCGCGGGGUCCCCUGGCCUGAGAUACCGCGGGGUCCCCUGGCCUGAGACACCGCGGGGUCCCCUGGCCUGAGACACCGCGGGGUCCCCUGCCCUGAGACACCGCGGGGUCCCCUGCCCUGAGACGCCGUCUUUAAAGGGAGCCGCGAUUCACUCGAGAGCCGGAACCCCGUGCUCUUCUCUUGCUCGAUCUUUGCCUGAACAAUCAAGAUUAUAGCGUGAAACUAAACAAGAAGAGAAAACGAUCUAAAGACAAAAUGCUGAACGAAUACAUUCAGCAUAGCUGUUAUUUCUUUAUUUGUUUAAAAAAUAAAGUCGCGAGCAAUAAACGUGAGACGCGAAUUACCGUUUGCGUUCAACGAUGUCGGAGGCGCGAUUGAUGGAUUUGACUUUUGGUGUUUUUUUGUUCAUGGAGUUUAGACGCAGUGCAGGUGAAAACUGAACAACGGUGUCCGUUCAACGUUGCAUGUCGUAAAUAAGAAGGCUUUAAUUCACAUUCGCUUUAACACACGUUUUUAUUUAACUCGAGGGAACCUUUCAAAAACAAUUGAAGAGCAAAUUUCCAAUCUUUUCAACUCCACCAUCAGAUGUACGAGCGCCCAUUACGAGGACGCGCAGCGUUGCACUUUAUAAACUUACGGCUGUAAUUUGACGUCACUGUACAUACACAGCUAUUACUCUAGGGCUAUAUUGUGACAAAUAUUCGGGUUGUCCACUUUGGAGAUAGAGGUUAUUGUCAGUUUUGUUAGACUUUUCUUAUUUUUUUGUACAAAUUACGUUGGUAAAUAAUUGUAUAUAUUUCGUACGUGAUAAAAAAACAGCAGUGUUCUCAAUGCACCAUCGCAUUUGCCAAACCAAAUUAAGUUCACAACCGAUAAUUGAUGAUUAUUUCUCUGAUAGCUUAUUACGAAUGCUUUAAACGGAAUGGAUCUUUUUGGGAAACAAUUUUCCGUGAACGUAUAUAUAUUUUUGAGAUUUGUUAAUCUAAACAGUGGAGUUGUGAGUUUUGGAGAUUUGCUCAUCAUUGGUGGGAAUGGUUUUUCUACGUUUUUGAGGAACGCCAUUUCGACUUUUGUAUAAGAAAGUUGUUCCCUGUGGGAAAGAAGAGGGCAUGGUCUCCUCAGUCGCUGAAACAUUUCAUUGGGAAAACAAAGAUUGAUGGGAAUACGUGCGAGCACUUUGUUCAGCAAUUUGUUUUGUAUUAAUAUAUAAUCCAUACGUGGAUUAUGGGGAGAAUAAUGACCCAGCUUUUUGUAAUUGCGUUCACACUUAAUUCAUCCUUUUCAGUCUGCAUCAAUGCAAAACAUCGCCACUCCGUUGUGCAACACAAGUGGCGAUGUUGAUUUGAAUAAAUCCCAUUAUAUUUAAAUUACAGUGAAUGCAUAUUCUUGAGUCUUUCGGUAAAGUCACGUAGAUGGUUCAAAGAAAAUAGCAAAAAACUACGACGUUUCGAUCACAACACAAGCGAUCAUCAUCGCGAUCGUCAUCGCUUGUGUUGUAUUCGAAAGACCCAAGACUAUGAAUGCCUGCAGUCACGAAAGCUUUAAGUCAACAUUAAGAGUGAAUGUGUAGAAUUUGCCUCGUGCCAUCGAGGCGUUCUACCGCCCUGUGUCACGAGUCCCAACUGGGGCACCUGGAAUGGUAAAAACCACAACCCCGGCUUGCUUCUCCACUGACUUAAUCACCAAUGGGGCGAGCAAUUGGGGUGUGCUUUAUGAAAGUAUUCAGAGUGCAGAUUUUUUUUUCAAGUGUAAACAUAGUUCAAUACUGUAAAUGCUGUUACAUUGUAAGGUUGUUAUGAUGUCGCCCUCGGCUCGUCUGUUCGCGUCGUCAAUGUACAGUAGACGUGAGGAGUUUGUCGGCUGUGACGACUCCCCCCGUCGUCCUCCUCGCCUCCGCUUCUGCCCCCAGUUGGAAUCCGACUACCUCAGUGCCUUCUCUGCUCCCAUCUCUGCCAAAGUUGCCCCUUUUGAUGUUGACGCUUGCAACGAUUAUUUCCUUGACUUCCCCGUCACGUUUCCGAGAGAGACUUUAAUUUUAUUGCUUUUGGGGUUUCUAAGGGCUAACUUCUCUUAGCACCUUGUAUUGAAUACACCGCGGACACACAAAUAAGUAAAAUCAAACCAUUCGUUUUGAACAUGUUGAUUGUAUACUCUUAAAGUGAGUGUUUCUGAACUGUUUUAAAAUAAAGUUUGUUGCAAAUGAA